UUGGUAUGGUUUCAUAAAAAAGAAAUUUAAGAAUGAAGGAAAACGUUCACAUCUCUAAAGCAACUUCAGCAGGAAAACAUGCAGGGAAUUGCCGAGCAUGCGCACAUUUGACAUUUUCUACGGAAGCCCAUGAGGCGCGAAAUUGAGCAAAUAAAAGUCCACGCCUUUUACACACAGCAGAUGUGAGUGAAUAGAAUAGGGCUCCAUUGUAUGAGAUGUCCUCAUGUUUGAUAACGUUAUGAUAUUUUAUGACUGCCGAGGACUAUCUCCAGCUUUGCUCUCGCAUUUUAAGAAAUUAGUAAGCUCAUGGUCGGCUUUUUUAGCAUUAGACGUGCACCAAUGAUGCACUACUCAAACUGGCUUAUUGACGUGAAAAACAGGGCAAGCCUUCGAAAUGCAUGCAAAACACCGCCUAACACGGACUGGAGUAACAGGGGGAACGUUGCGGACACACACAACAACAACAACAACGAGAAAAUAUCGGAGCAAACGGUCACCACCUACAUCUGGAAAAAAGGCUACAAAAUAAUCAAGAAGAUUGGGGAGGGCACAUUUUCGGAGGUGGUGAAAACCCAGAGUCUGAAAGAUGGGAAGUAUUAUGCAUGUAAAACCAUGAAACAGACAAUAAACAGUGUGGAGCAGGCCAACAACCUUCGGGAAGUUCAAGCAAUGAAGAGGCUGAGCCCACAUGCAAAUAUCAUCCAGCUGCAUGAAUUGAUUUUCGACAAAGAAACUGGAACUUUGUCUUUGAUAUGUGAGCUGAUGGAGAUGAAUAUCUAUGAAUUCAUACAAGGGAGACAAACACCACUGCCAGACCACACAGUAAAGCACUACAUGUACCAACUGUGCAAGUCACUUGAACAUAUGCACAGAUGUGGGAUUUUUCACAGAGAUGUGAAGCCAGAAAACAUUCUCAUAAAACAAAACAUUUUGAAGCUCGGUGACUUUGGCUCGUGUCGGAGUGUGUAUUCCAAGCCCCCGCACACAGAGUACAUCUCCACCCGCUGGUACAGAGCCCCGGAGUGCCUCCUUACUGAUGGCUAUUACAGCUUAAAGAUGGACAUUUGGAGCGCCGGUUGUGUCUUCUUUGAAAUCAUGAGCUUGAAUCCCCUCUUCCCUGGAAGCAAUGAGUUGGACCAGGUUUCCAAGAUCCACGAUGUAUUGGGGACACCAGAUCAAAGUCUCCUCCAAAAAUUCAAGCAGUCUAGAGCGAUGCAUUUCAACUUCCCUCCAAAGAAAGGCACCGGUAUAUCAAGGUUAAUCCCAAACUGCCCAGCUCCAGCUCUGUCACUGCUCUACCAGAUGCUUGCCUACGACCCGGAUGAGCGCAUCUCUGCAGAGACAGCCCUGAGGCACACAUACUUCAGAGAAAUCAGGAUGGCAGAGAAGAAAGCAGAGACUCUUCAAAGAGUUUCUGAGACUAUUGAUGGAGUUGGAAGUAGUGUGAUGCAGAACUCCUUGGAGCACAUUUGGCGACCAGCUCGAAUUGGCAAACAACUGAGGGGAAGGCACACAAGACAAACACCUUUAAUGAGUCACAAUGUGAAACAUGUAGCAGACCCACUCAUCAGAAGAAACAUCCAUCAUUACCCAACAGAGCUGCCCAAGCUCAACAUGGUGGUACCCGGACCUCAGAUCUCCUUCCCAGUCUCCACUAUGCCUGCGUUUACCGUCACUCACCGAGGCUCACUGCCAGCCAUCACGUCCAAAAAGUGCCAGUCACAGUUGGCCAAGCCCCGGGAUGAGUCACACCGUGCAGCUUUCAAGACCUACUAUAUGCCACCUCUGGAAAGGAAACACGGAGGCUACUGAGAGCCAAAAACACUUAAGUAUUUGUUUUUAAAAUGCCUCUUAAAAACAUAACAGAGCUGAUAUGUUGAGAGGUCAACGAUUGAAGAGGACUGCUGUUGAAGCCUCUAUGAAAAAACAUGUUUAAGAUAUGAAGGCUACAAAACCUGUCAUCUUACAGCUCUGACGGUAAACCUGAUUGUGAUGGUGAAAUUCAAUGUGAUCUCCACACAGACAUUAUAGUCGUUCAUAUGUUAGGUUAAGUGUGCCUAGUUUUAGUUCUUUACUUGACCUAGUCGGGUGUUACACAUUUAAAACUACUGUUAAAUUAGUCUCAAACUAUUACAGUACACAAGCUGAGCCAUACCAUAUUUGACAAUAAGCAACAUUUUCAGUAGUACCUUCAGAAUGCAGUCACACCACUUGCCAUUGUUCAGGUGGUAUUAUAUUACAACUCUGAAUCUCAAAUGGCUUUUUUCACCCCGCACUAAUACACCUUUUUAACCAAGUUUUUUUUUGUGUGGUUUAAAUAACUUGAAUGAGCCUGGUUGUGUGUAAUUAUAAUGGGACGAGUGACUCUGAGCUACAUACUCUAGGGAUCUGAAAGGUCCAACCUUGUAAAUUAAUGAAAGAAUAAGAUUUAUAUUACAGCAAGAUUAGGACUCUAAACAUUAAGUAAAAUAACUAUACAGGAAUAUCUUUAUAUCCUGUGGCAGCCAAAUUGAAGUCCAGAUUUUAAUUUAAGUGAGACGUAUACAACCUACAUUUUCAAAGCUUUGACUGUGAGUCAAAGUUGCAGGAUAAUAAACAUAAAAAAACACCAGGUUAGAGUUAAACUCUUUCUGUAAGAACUGAAUAUGAAGUGAAGUCCUGAGGACAAAUUGAUUUGAAGGGUAAUAGUCUUCCAGUCCAAAGUCCAACAUUCACAUAACAGUGUCCUCAGCUACAACAUUAACACAACAUGGAACAACAACAGCCUUCCAUUAACUGUGUAUGUAAAGACGCCUGUAUUAAUAUGCUUAGAGACUGACUGCUGAUUGGACCGUAAGAAGUCUGUCUUAUAUAUUUGAAUGUGAUGUUUAGGAUGUAGCUUUGCCACCACCUCCAUUCCCUCUCAGUGGAGGAACUAUGGCUUAAAAAUAAAUUUCAUUCAGAGCUGUGAGCUCAUUAAAACAGAAUCUGCUCUUCAUCAUGUUGUUUACUGUGACACAUUAUCAGAGUAAAGAACUUCAUUCAAGUAUCAUUUGUAUCAUGUUUUCAUUAACGUGCGUUACCUAUCUAACUCAGAUUCCUGACAUAUAUUGUAACGAAAUAAACUGAUUUUUUUUCCCAAUUACUAAUAAAGUGGCAUAUGUUUACUUGACAGAUUUUCUUCAGCAGCUUUCCGGCUAAGGCAGGCGUCCUUAUGGCGUCAGCACUUAAGAGUCAAGAAAAGUUUAUCUGAAACAUAUGAUGUUCUUAUUGCCAACUUCCAUUAAAACUUAAUAGUAGCUGUUGCUCUCUCUCGCUGCUUGUAUGAAGUUAGUAUAAAGUUGAGUUGAGGUUGAAAAACUCUUGUCGGCAGCUACAACAUUUUCAAACCAAAGACAUUUGUUAUGCCAAUACAUCACAUGUUAAUGCACACAAAAAAGAACAGAAAACAAUGUAUUCAAGAUUAUUUUAAUAUUAUUAAUAUGUAUACUUUAGGCUUUAGAAAUAUAACUAUCAAUGACAAAACUUCCACUGGAGUAAUGGUAGUUUGCUUAGGCCCCCAUCAAAUCAAUUAAUUACAAUAUACACAUUAUGAUACAGAGCAGAUUUGAAUCUGAAAUAAUAUUAAAAUAAAUGCUCAAUAGAUAAAGGUUUUAAUAGUUUUUUUUUUUUUAUCAUUCUCCUCUCCUACUGUAUUAGCCAUCUGUGAGCACACCCAAAAAUGUAAAGCCAUUUUCUUCUAAUAAACUAAUUUAAGUGCAAACUAUUUUUUUUUUUUACUUUAAAAAGACUAUGAUUGCAGCAUCCAGCUUUAUAGAUUCAGAUUUCAAGACUGAGGAUGUUAAAGCCGAGUGCAACAAGGCAGUCCUCAACCCUCUUUUUUUUUUGUUCCAUUAGAGUAGUUAUAAAAACAAACAAACAAAAUAGCUGAGAAAAUCAGUGCAAAGUCAUCAAUGGGGAGAUUCUAGUCAAGAAAAGACAGAAGUGGUGGGUGAAUGUAGAUGGAUGCAAAAUUUUCAGAUGCUCACGCACUUGGUCAUAAAAGGAUAGUUCUUCCACAAAAAUCAUACUUAAGUCAGUAACCCUGAGCCUAAGGGUGAGAAGGGCUACAGAGAUUAUGGAAAUUAAAUGAACUAUCCCUUUAAUCUCAAGCCCCAACAGUAUGGUUUGCAUCUAACAAAGCCAAGCAUUAAUUCCAGAGAGGACAACAGUCUGAUGAGAACCGACAGAAAACAAAAGAUAUUUUUAAAAAAAAUCUAAAAUGUGUUAAAACUCCAGAGAACAAUUAGCACAAAAGUCCACAAUUGCACCACUUCCUGUUCCAUUCUUCCUCUAGGUCAAGUGAGUGAUACACAAAAAAACAACAGAAAAGCCAUUAACAAAACUGGGAGAGGGAGGGGUAUAAAAGAAAAGGAAAACUUGCAAUGCUUGCAGGGUGAAGAGCAGCAUCAGACUCUGGGUUGCAGGGUUCUUUAGCAGCAGAAAUAUUGUGGCUAUACUACUGUUCCACUGGGAGAGCUGGCUUGGUUUUGGGAUGACAAUAAACCCUGAAAAAAGGAAAACAAGGAGAUUUGCAUUGGGAAAGUCCACAUACUGAUUCAAAAUCAAGCAACAAAUAUCCCCCCCCAAAAAAAAGAAAUAAAGAAGAAGGAAAAAAAGAAGAAAAGCCUCUUUUUUCCCAUAUCCUGGACCCCUGCAUUGAAUUAAACCCCUUUGCACAACAGGAAAAGUACAUGCUCAGUGUGAGACCAAUAGUGGAUUUUGAGAGGUUUUUCUUUAUCAAGGCACUUCUUUUGAACAUGACCAAAGGUGUGUGUGUUUUACCUCUUGAGCUGACGUUCACAGGGAUUCGAUGGGAAACUAAGGCUCUGUUCAGACUACCACACAAAAACGCAUAUUUUUUGGCAUAUCUCAAUUGCAUCUAGGCUUGACAGAAAAAAAAACAAAAAAAAACACAU